AUGAACAUCUUGCUUCUCUUCCUAUGGCACCUCGCGCUCUGUCUCCAUGCAGUCGCAUCCGAGCAGCAACCCGAUCCACAGCCCAGACGUCCACCGCCGGUCAACGAAGCUGCCAACAAUGGCACCUACGGAUACUACCCAACAUAUUCCUUCAAGACUGAGGUCGAUCUUACCGCGCCAAUAACAAACUUCAUGCAAUGGAACGAACGAUGCAACGAUGGGUCGCUGUACUUCCUGACGCCGCGAGGUUGGGGUAUUCCAGACCCCGGUCCCAUGAUUCUUGAUGAACAAGGCAACCUCAUCUGGACCAAGCAUUUCGCGAACAAGUUUGGUGGACAGGCUUACGACUUUAUGGUGCAGAAGUACAAAGGGGAAGAGUAUCUUACGUUCUGGCUUGGUGAUGAUCGCGUACGCGGUCAUGGUUCGGGCUUCUACUACAUGCUCAACUCUUCAUAUGAUAUUGUACAUCGCGUUGGAGCCGCCGAUGGGCUGAGUGCUGACCUCCACGAGUUUCUCAUCACCGAUCAAGGCACCGCCCUCAUGACCAUGUACGAGGUGAAAGAGUUCGACAUCAAGGAUUUUCCCGACUUCCCGGACGACGAAGAACAUGCUGGUCCAUCCUACAUUUGGGACUGUGUAUUCCAAGAAAUCGACAUUGAGACCGGCGAUCUUGUCUUUGGAUGGAGAGCAUCAGAUCAUGUCGACAUUUCGGCGACUUAUCGAGGAAUAGGCCCUGGUGGCUCAAAGCGCGAUCCUUACGAUUGGUUCCACAUCAACAGCAUUGAAAAAGACGAGCUGGGCAAUUACUUGACCUCCUCGCGAUACACCCACAGCAUCACGUACGUUGAUGGAAAGACUGGCGACGUGAUCUGGACUUUGGGCGGCAAGAUGAACAACUUCAUGGAUCUCAGUGAAGGUGAUGCCACCAACUUUGCAUGGCAGCAUGACGCACGAUUCUUGCCGACCGACACAUUCCCCAAUCUAUACAGUCCGCCAGAAGAGAGACCAGGUUACACAACUCGCUUGCUGACACUCUUCGAUAAUGCCGCUGAGGAUCAGCAUUACGAGUGGGGCUUGGACUACUCGCGUGGAUUGCUGUUGGAAGUCACCUAUCCAAAUGAGCGGGUGCAAUCCAUUCAGCCGUCAAAGCGCAAUCUGGACCUGCACGAACGCGGAGACAUGGACUUGAUCGCGACAAAGAUCCAAGAGAUCAACGGAACCAACCCUGACUACACCGUUCGCGUCAUCAAGGUGUACAUCAAUCCAGAUCGUGUUCACUCAUCUUCGCAAGGCUCGAUGCAAGUCCUACCCCAAGGCCAUGGUCAAGAUCCUAAAGUAUUCGUCGGCUACGGUCUCAAUCCAGUAUGGACAGAAUUCGACGCUGACGGUUCUGUGCUCUGCGAUGUGCAUUACGGUGCGGAAACUUCGUACGAGCGAGGCGACAUCCAGAGUUAUCGCACAUACAAGUUCAAAUGGGUUGGCCUUCCAGAUAGACGACCUGCUGUCGACAUAAGUGAUGACGAUGCAGAAGUAUACGUCUCGUGGAACGGCGCAACCGAAGUCGACGAAUGGAUCGUUCAAUGCUCAAAUACUCAUACUACUGAAGAGCGGGCUUGGGAGGAUGCGAUCCGUGUCAAGAAGAAUGGCUUUGAGACGUCCAUCACCCUAGCUGAUGAACUCGGAACUUCGAGAUACCUCAGAGUCAUUGCACUCGACAAGAACGGCCUGCGGUUGGAGCACGGCAUCACGACUAUCAUCGACCGCGGAGUCAUGGCAACAUACAUGCCGAUUUUCAGCGGCAAGGUCUCGGACGUCACUCACGUGUCUGGUCUCAAGAUGCUCUUGAUACUGGUGUGCACCGUCUGCACCGUUUUCGUGCUCUUCGAGGGCUAUCGACGUUUCCUCGUGUGGCGUACUGGAAAGCCGUCUGCUGGACCUUUGCGAUGGCGGAAAGGCGCGACGUAUCGACUCAUCAGCGAGGCGUGA